AAAAGUGAGAAGCAGGUCUUUGUGUGCAGACCUACUGAAGCAGUUUGAUCAUUACAGAAGAAGUAAACCGAGUGACUUUCCCAGGAUGCCUCUGCGCAGUCGUGCCAGCCACAUGUUCCUGCUCUUAUGUGCUCUUUCCUUAUGUGUCGAAUCUGUAAGAGGCGGCACCAGCUUCCUCAGUCCUGAUCAGAAACCACAGGGUCGAAGGCCACCACAGGUGGGCAGAAGAGAUGCUGCUGAGUCAGAGAUCCCAGUGAUUAAAGAGGAUGAUCAGUUUAUGAUGAGCGCUCCGUUCCAACUGUCCGUGUCUCUGAGUGAAGCAGAAUAUGAGAAAUACGGUCCUGUGCUGCAGAAGGUUCUUGUGAAUCUUCUUAGUGAUUCUCCAUUUGAAUUCUGACCAGAUCUAUCAAAUCUACAAAAAUCCACUCCUUAGAAAUCAUAAAAAUGAUUUACAGUUUAAAUCAAUUUCUAACACAUUGAUUUGACCAAAUAAAGGAUGACAAAGAAAUAACUUUCUGCCUCUGGUUUCU